AUGUCAUAUUUUCCACGAAUAAGAAGUACUUCGUUUACCGUUAUUUUUAGAACAUCAAUCUGGAUCAACCAUAAGGAAUUUCAAUGCCCCAAGUACAGACAUGGCAUAUGCAUAUUUGGAGUGGAAAAUCUGCAGUUUCUAUCAGCGAGUAAAAGCUUAUCGGCCAAUAAACCUCACCCUGCCUACGACUAUGCAAUAGUCGACUGCAUGCAUGAACUACUGUUCAAUCGCACACAUCUUGGCCAAAUUGAUCACGAUUUGGAUCUGCAGUUUUACAGAUCCCUUGAAAAUGUGCGCUAUCACACAAAUGCUAUCAAUCCCAAUCCGAAUUACAAACUGCAAUGUCCACAAUAAAAGAAAUUUUUGUAUGCUUACAAAUUUGUCAGAAGUCUGAAAGUGAAUACCAUCAAAAACUGAAUUUAUGAAGUACUUUACAUCGAGCUGUAUUUUCGUCGAUAUCGUGAACAAAUCACUAAAAAAUUAUCUACAUUUUCCGGUCCAUCUUACACUCAUCAGCGACAAUGUACUGCCAAAAAUCAGCUCUUAUCUUACGUUUUUCAAUGUACCUGUCCUGAUGCCGGCUU